AUGAGCAACAAUGAUUUAUGUGAAACCAUAGUUAAUCAUGCCAAUCGCAUCUACUAAUCACUUGCCAAUCUCAAUCCACUGUAAAAUGAAAAUGGCGACAUAACUAAUCCAUCAAUGACAUCCACAGGCCCAUCAAUUCAAGGAUUGACCACAAUUUUGGUGUUGUUGAUGCUUACUUAUGCAUUCCUAUCUUUUAUCUCUCCUAGAAAAUAAAUUUUAUCUGAAAAAGAAUAAUACAAUAGGCAACAAUAAAGCUAACGAUGAAGAUGAUUGAAUAAUUUGUAUAUUACUAAAGAAUGAUAUAAAGAUCUUUAAA